AUGGCGGCGCGGGGAGGAGGCCGGGGGGCAGCAAGGGAGGGUGGCGGCGGCCGCCGGAUGGACUCGGACUUGUUGCUGCACCCGGAGCUGCUGUCGCAGGAGUUCCUGCGGCUCACCCUGGAGCAGAAGAACAUACUAGUUGAAAAUAAUGCAAAGCUCGACAAAGAUGGCCUCACUAAUCUCUAUGUUCAACAUGCCAUACCAUUGCCUCAGCGGGACUUACCCAAAAGUAGAUGGGGGAAAAUGAUGGAAAAGAAAAGGGAGCUAAAUGAAACAAAAAAUGAGAGUAAAAGUGUUACAACUGUGGAAGGCUUACGGAAACGGCCACUAAUUGUAUUUGAUGGCAGUUCAACAAGUACAAGUAUAAAAGUGAAAAAGACAGAAAACGGAGCUACUGAUCGCCUAAAACCUCCUCCAGCUGGAAUCACUGCCGAUACUUUUAGGAGAUUAUCUGUUCCUUCAAACGCCUCAACACACAUUUCAGCCUCCAGUUUAUCACAGGAGGCUAAACUGGAAACUAGGAAGAAUGAGGCUAAACAGAACAGUGUUCCAGUGACUAAUAGCGUAUUGGCUAAUCUGAAGGUGCCACCUUUGACCCCUGUAGCAGGAGCUGCUGUUGUGAAAUUAAAGAGAGCAGCUCCAAAAGAAGAAUCUGAAUCAGCGAAUGACCUAAAACCUACAGAAGCAAAGAAGAAAAUCCAGCAUGUAACAUGGCCAUGAAUUAGUGGGGGUCCUGGAAAUGUAAAUAUAUCAUUCCUGUAGUUCAGAACAGUUGAAGUACAUUUCUCUUUAAAGUAUACAGGGAUUCACAUUGUUGUGGAGUUUUCUUAAAUUUGAAAGUUCCCUAAUAUAAAGCUGGAAUCAUAGUCUCACCAAUCACCUUAAAAGUGUCUACCUUCUUGCAUUGAGACCCUUCCAAAGGUGGUGUUCUUACAAGAUACUAAAAAAACCUGCUUUUGAAUUUUCAAGUAUACUGUAGUUCAUCUCCUGUGUGUCUCUACAAAACACC